GAUAAUGACAAAUGCUUAUUCAAAUUUGAGUUAAAUCAAGAAAAAUAAAAUAAAAACAAUUAUUUAAAACUCACAGAUGGGCCUAGACACAAAACACGUUUGUUUACAAAAAGCAGAUAAUCCCCUUUUCCAAUGUUGGCCCAACAUUUUCGGUACAGUUGAUAUUCGUCGAUACCAUACAUAUUUAACAUAUAUUUAACAUAUUCUAGCAUAGCACCUUAUGGAUCUAUUCAUGUACUUACCCGCAUGUCAUCAAUUAAAAUAAAUGCGAUUCUCAUGAUUGUCCCAACGGAAAUUUUCACACACACGUGUAGGCCGUUGCGACAACGAACGGGUUUCCCCUAAUAUGAAUAUGAAUAACAAUUGGGUGAUUAAUGCAGCUGCUACUGGGCAAUUACUAUCAUCUCACAUAUGAUGCAGCACCGACCCGGAGUCAACAAACUGGAUCGGUGCUAUAAUUUAGUUUCCAUCUCAUACUAAAACAGAACAUUCUGUUCUUAACAUUUGCAAACAAGAGCAUCUCAUAAAUUCAGUGAUUUUUCUUAUAACUUUCUACCAAGUAUAAAAAGCCAGAUAGCAUAUAUCCACCGCUUACUCCACAAAACCAUGAAGACCACUCAUCGUCUAGUCAUCGUCGUGUGCUUGACGGCAGUUCUGAUCUCCUCCGGUUGGGCUCAAGCUUCCCCCGACAAAGACGUUCCCAUUCUAACUAUUGUGUUCACAGUUCCUUCCGGCCCUAAGGAAUGCGGCGAGAAUGAGAUCUAUCUUGAGUGCGGCAGCGAGUGUCCUCCGACCUGCAUCAACUGGAGACUUCGACGCAGGACGACGUACUGCUCGAGCACGUGCGUUCCGGGGUGCUUCUGCAAGGUGAGAUAUGUGCGGGACAAUACCGAUGGAAGCUGCAUUCUUCCUAGGGACUGCAGGAGGCGACUGCGAACCCGGGGACCGGAAGAGUAGUGUGUGAAAUGAUGAUUGUGUUAAU